CAAGCUUCUCAGGACUUCCUGCAAGGUCUGAGCGGCGACGCAUGGAACGUUUUCGUUAUCAAACGGUCCCUUCGCCUGAUCUGGAUGAGGAAGAUCCUUGCCAAGAGCAACCUGCUUCACGCUCUUGUCGUAUUGGAUGGGUGUCCUUCAUAUUCACAGCUUUGGCGCUUUGCGGCCUCGGCAAGAUGGGUUGGCAAAGCAAGCGACUGCCAGGAAUAGCAGGAGUCACAGACGUUGCUGAAGAGUUCAGUAUGUUCAGCUUAAGCAUGGCAACCUACGAGAAGCUUUUUGGAGACACAGACCCGUUUCAGUUCAAGUGCCCUGUGCCUGGUAUAUUGGCGGAGGGGCAUGAUAAUGCCUCGUGCUGUGGGGGCUACAACACGCUUGGCUGGCCUUUUCAAUUCAAGGAGUGUUCCAACCUUGGCUACUGCACCACGUGCUUUGUGGAGACCAGCAAGGCGGAGAUGCAACAGCACCAGGCCAUCGAGUUUGCCGGAGCCGCCUGGGCUGCCACCGUCAGCGUCAUGAACAAGGCGCAGGCACGGUCUGCAUGGUUGGAGGAGACACUGGCAGUAGGCUCUUCACACACCAACCGCAUUGACGACGCCCACAUCGGGGCCAGGCGGAUGAAUGUGCGGAUUGGCCACGGGUUGCUUAGGGGUGACACCAACGUGUGCCCUGCGGUCAGCGACUGGGAUGUAGACAUGCUGAAUGAAGACAAGGAGAAUAUCCACGCUCGGGUGUUCAAAUCGCCGUCGGCCAAGAUGGCGAUUGUGGCCUUCCGGGGCACACAGUUCAAGUCCAUCAAGAACUGGCAUGUGGAUGAUGCUGAUAUUCAACGGAUACCCAUGGUCCUUCCGAACGGCCAGAUCACCUAUGUGCACGAAGGCUUUUUGACUGCCCUGGAACAUGUUCUGCCUCACGUAAAGCGCUGGGUGGAUGGCUACAUCUUUGGGCUCUUUAACGCGGUGCCCAAGGACUGGAAGCUGAUCUUCACAGGCCACAGCCUCGGCGGCGCCUUGGCCAUGCUGGCGGCCACCAAGGCCUACGCCGAGAAGUGGCCCCGGACCCCGGAGGCAACCAUCGUCUUUGGGGUGCCGCGGAUGUCCGACAAAGCAUUGGACGACUGGUGGCAGUCCCAAGAUCUGUGUCAUAGGCUGAUCAGAGUGAACACUUAUAACGAUAUGAUUCACGUGAUGCCGUUCCACAAGAUGUGGAGCGCGUACAACACGGCGACAAACGCUUACGAUUGCUUUACGCAGCCUCUGGAUUGCAUACGACAGUCCAAGGUGAGUCGGGUGGUUCACAGCCCCAUUGAUCCAAGCCCGGACCCUUCGAAGCUUGUGAUCAGCAACCAAUGGGCGCAUGUCUGCCCAAAGAGCGAGAUCUUUGUGCCCAGUGGCGUGAAAGGCAUCAACCAGCAACUGGAAGAAAUGUCCUUGUUUGGAGGCGUGUUGGCGCACCUCAAUGAGAACUGCCUCUAUGGAUACAUUUAUGCAGUGCUUCACAGCAACAUCACUACUUUGGACAAGUACUGUAACUUGUCCACCUCGAUUUGCUCCGGUCUCACUCAUUUGGGUCCAGAGUAAUGCGAGAGAAGCCAUUGCUGCUCGGACCCUUGACUCCCCGUUGUUUGCUUCAAGCUGUGGUGGAAGUGAUGUCAAGGGUGCGAUUGCGCCAAAAACAUUGCCUGGCGCAUCGCGUGUUCGGCACCAAGGCCUUUCAGCUUCCGUUUCACUGCGAAAUGCGCCAAGAGGAUGCCACGCAAAG